GCAGCCACGACCUGCAACGCUGCUCGCAAUUUCUUUCCACUAGCCGUGUGUAGUCCGUACCUGCGGCUAAGAAGAAGAAUUUUCUCAUUCUUAUUUUGACAGCAUUCUCGAGAUACAGCAGCAACUGGUUUUUAGGUUUGAGGCAAGGUCACGGCAGGACCUUAGUGCCAAUUCUGCCACCUCCCUGGUUAGUGGAGCACGCUGCGUGCGGAUCGUGUUGUUGAAUCUCGUGUUUACUGAUGCAGAAGAAGAAAUAGGGACGAGAUGCUUCUUCCCGGAAGCGUUACCGACAGGUUUCAAGGGACGUAUCCUCAAGUACUAGCGGCCAUAUCAGGGACCCUAUCCUGCAUUUCUGAUGGAAUGCAAUAUGGAUGGACCGCACCGAUCAUUCCCAGGCUUCUGGCCCCAGACAGUCCCAUUGUCGUGACCGAGAAGCAAGCGGAAUGGCUCGAAACCAUCCUCAUGCUGGGAGCAUGCUGCGGCCUUCCAUUAACCAUGUACCUCGUGGACAAGAUAGGCCGCAAAGGUUCCCUCAUCGGCUCUUCCACCACCACCUUAAUUGCGUGGAUAAUUAUAGCCUUCGCGCCCAGCAUAGAAUACAUAUACGUAGCUAGAUUCUUCGCUGGAAUAGCUGGAGAUACGGCGUUUGUAGCGGCACCCAUGUACAUAGCCGAAAUGGCCGAUCAAAAAAUUCGCGGAUUUCUUUCAAGUAUAAUUUAUAUAAUGAUGUUAACCGGAGUACUUCUAGUCUAUUGCGUAGCACCCUUCGUACCCAUAUGGGUUCCGUGUGUUAUAGGAAUUUGUUUCAAUGCCAUUACUUUAACGAGUUUUCCGCUUAUGCCAGAUUCACCUUACUAUUUGUUGUAUAAAGACAAGCCUGAACAAGCUAGAAAAUCAUUAACACAACUUCGUCCUAACGGUAAUACCGACGCAGAACUUAAAGAAAUAGCGGCAGCAAUUCAAAGACAAAAAAGCGAAAAAGGGCGACCUCAAGAUUUGAUUUUAGUAAAGAGUAACAGAAAAGCUUUAAUGAUAAUGGUGUGGCUAAACGGGUCUCAACAUAUGAGUAGUAUUUCAGUGAUGCUGAUGAAUCUCCAUUCCAUAUUGGAAGAGGCGGGAGCAGUGCACAUAUCAUCAUCAACCGCCGCUAUAAUAUUCUCGGCCUUAAUGUUUUGCGCCGCCAUGUCAGCGUCCUUAGCUAUAGAUAAUUUCGGCAGACGCGUUCUUUUAGUCACAUCCGGUAUAUUUGCCGGGCUUAGUUUAGGUGUGAUAGCUGUCUAUUUUACUUUAAAAAAUCAGGGUUACGACGUUCUGCCCUUUAGUUGGGCGGUUCCGAUCGCGGUGAUGUUCUACGCGGCCGCUUUCAAAUUCGGAAUUGGCUUAGUUCCGAUCGUUCUCACGGCGGAGCUGUUUCCCGCCAAAAUGAAAGCCAUCGGAAUGACUAUUUCCGAUGCUUGUUACGUCGGCUUUUCCGUUAUCUCGUUGCAACUUUACCACCAAUUGAAAAACCGUUUUGGCAUUCACGUGCCGUUUUAUAUUUUCGCAGUGUGGUGUUUCUGCACCGUCGCGUUCACUUUGCUAUUCAUUCCCGAGACAAAAGGAAAAACUCUGGAAGAAAUUCAGUUUAUAUUAAAGGGAGAGCAUCAGGAAACGAGACGGGAAUUGAAUAAUUCCGAGUCGUAUGGUAACGAGGGUUACGAAUCGUAACUUCAUUUACGUCUUUAAAGUAUUUUUGUUUUAUCUAUAAGUAUUUAUGUAGUAUAAUAUCAAAGUUUAUAUUUAUAUAAAUAAAAUAAUACUAUUUACUGUUGCUUUAAUUUAUAUUGUAAGAAAACCAUCAAUCCUUUGUUAAGUCAGGAGGCUUUAGGUUAACUAUAUCAUAGGUAUUACUACAGAAAGAAUAUUUAUUUUUUAUGAGAUAAAACCAUUAUAAAUGUAAUAAUUACAUUGAUCAUAG